GUUCCGGCCAUCACUCCGACAUCGCCAUGCUCCGCUCUCUCCCCGCCCGGGCACUCGCCCAGAGCAGGCAUGCACCACGCGCGACUCGCCACUUCUCCGUUGCGCGCGCCGGACCCUCGGCCGUCGCCCUCGGCAAGCGUCCGGCGUUGACGCCUCGGACAAUGCUGGCGGCGCAGCUCGGCGCGACGCGUGACUUCUCCUGGAACCCAUUUAAAGGCUCAGCUCCGGCGUCUGCACCGGCUGACCUUACCGUCUCCACUCCCGCGGCGGCGCCCGCGCCAGAAACGGCUGCCGUCAUCUCUACCCCCGUGCCCGCAAGCGAUAUGCCAGCCGUCCCGGCGGAGCACGCGGUCACGGCGCCAUCGCACCUCACCUCGACGGCGCCGGACCACCAGUUCCACAGCGACCCAUCGGCUCUUCUUCCUCAGAGCCCGGCGAACGCCGCCACGCCUACUCUUGAGGACCUGAUCUUGAACUCCGGGCUGCCGCUGGAGCAGGUGCUCGCGUCUCCCGAAGCCGUGCACGCCGCGAUGAAGGUGUCAGACCUCAAGCUCAUGGGGCUUGAGCACGGCUUCCUGAACACGGCGGGGUGGCUGCGUGACGCGCUCGUUGGUAUGCACUCGAUCACGGGGCUGCCGUGGUGGGCGUCCAUCAUUGCGCUCACGCUCACCAUGCGCAUGACGCUGUUCCCGCUGCUCGUGCGCACGACGAAACACAACGUGCGCAUGCAAGCCGUUAGCCCGCAGUUCCAGGGCAUUAUGAAGCGCAUGAAGGACUCGCAAGCCGCGGGCGACCAGAUGGGCAUGGCGCUCGCCCAGCAGAACCUGCGCGCGCUCAUGAAGGAGCACGACGUGAGCCCGUUCCGCGGCAUGAUCCUCCCGCUGGUCAGCAUGCCGCUGUUCAUCUCCCUCUUCUUCGGGCUGCGCAAGCUCGCUGCCCUCCCCCUCCCUCAGCUGCACGAGGGCGGCUUCGGCUGGGUCACGGACCUCACCCUCCCCGACCCGCUCUUCAUCUUGCCCGUGACCUCGCUCGCCUUCCAGAUCCUCGUCUUCGGAAUGGGCGCCGACUCGCCCGCCGCCCAGAGCCAGCGCACCAUGGCGCACUUCCGCAACGCGUUCCUCGUCAUGUCGCCCAUCAUGCUCAUCUUCGUGUCCAAGAUGCCCGCCGCCGUCCUCUUCUACUGGACGACCUCGAACAUGUUCACGGCGCUGCAGGCCUGGACCAUCCGCCAGCCCGCUGUCAAGCGCAUCCUCGGCAUCCCCACGCCCAAGGCCGUCCCGCCCCCACCCGAAGACGUCGCCCUCAACCCCAACCCGUCGAUCAAGGAGACGUGGUUCGCCAUGCUCGACUGGCAGAAGGGCAUGAUGGACCGCGCGCGUGAGAAGCAGGCCGCCGCCGCCGCCAACCAGAACCUCCGCCGCGAGCGCGUCCGCACCGUCGACCCCGCGCGCCCCGGUGCCGAGCACAAGGGCACCGUUCGCGAGGCAUACUCGCAGACUCGCACGGCUGGGUUCCUCGAGAGCGCGAAGUUGGACGCCGACGCACAGGACCGCGCCACCCGCCGCAUCUCGCCCGAGGAAGCUAAGCGCCAGCGUGUGGAGGAGGCACGGAGGAAGCGCCGAGGCCAGUAAACAGUGAAAGCGGGCUGAAGAGCAGCCCAACAGCCAACAGCUGCGGGGCAGGUAGGCUGUCCCGACCCAUAGUAGUAGCACUUGCAUCGCAUGACACCAUUCGCGCCAACGGCUGUGUUGUGUUGACACAGGCUAAUGGUG